UCCGCGUCAAACUGCAGCUUAACUGCCGAGGAGUGAGUGAGAGAGAGAGACACGAGAGAGAGAUCUCGCCACUUGUUGUCGAGACCUCGUCUCCGGCGCACUCUUCCCCCGGGGUCGCCAUGGUGGUGAAGAUCUACUACACCAGCGUGGCGGGCUCCCGGCAGAUCAAGUCGAACCAGAGCGACGUGUGGCGCGUGCUGGAGGGCAAAGCCGUGAGGUUCGAGCUGGUCGACAUCGCCUCCAACGAUGAGCUCCGCCAGAACAUGAGGCACCUGAGUGGAAACCCCACGGCUGUGCCGCCGCAGAUCUUCAACGACAACACCUACUGCGGGGACUACGAGCAGUUUGCAGAAGCCGUGGAGCUGGACAGCCUGGAAUCUUUCCUGAAGCUCAAAUGAAACGUUGCCAUUCCACGCGGCGGCCCCACGCACACCGCUCCGUGCGCGCCCCCUUACCAAUCGUUUUUUUCGCUCGCGAUAGUCCGCCGCCAGAACGCACUGCUUCUUGUUACGUUGAUAUUUGUAACAAGCCGAUUCUAUGGACGCCACUGCACGUUUUGGCAAACUUUCCACGGACCGACUUUCCUCGCCCGAGCGUUUCAUGCCCGGGACCCAAUUCCCCCCCCCACCUUGUCCAUUCCGCCCAAGCGCACGGUCACGCAACACAUUCCUCCGGGCCAGUUCUGUGGACAUGCUUUGAAUUCUUGCCAUUUAGCAUUAGUUUUUUUUCUUGCUGCGUCCUGGCUUGUGGAUUAAAUGCAAUCGUCGUCCCUUUGCUCACCCGCGCUGUCGACCCAUCCACACUGAGCUUAAAGCCACGAAAACCACAGUUGCCAUAAGGUCACCGCGGGUGCCUGGUGGCACUUCUCCAGCCAAUCUGCGAGCGGGAUGCCCCUUUGCACGAGGAGUGUUUCUGAACGUUUUGCCUCUCCCCCCCCCGUGCCACGAACUUCGUGUUGUCUGGAUUUAGCGGGGUUGUGGGAGAAAGGGGGGUCGUUUUCUUGGAAAAUAACGGAAAAUCAAGACGGGUCUGUUGUGGUUUUUUAAAUAAAAAAAUCCGUUCAAUGAAGAAAGCAAUAAAUUGUGGCUCUUGAGAAAAAGUU